AUGUUGACCGACAUGAGCCCGUCCGCCGGUGCCCAGUUCUACGGUGCCCAGCUACCGGCCAUGGGUAUGAACAUCACCAACAUCACCACGCACAUGGCACAGAAACCCACGGAUCACCCGGGGCUGCGCGGAACGCCGCUCGCGAUGCUGGCGGCCCAGUGCAACAAACUGUCGAGCAAAUCGCCGCCCCCGCUGGCCGACGCCGCCGUCGGCAAGGGGUUCCACCCGUGGAAGAAGAGCCCCACGCUCGCGGUUGGGCCGCACUCGCCCUCGCAGAACGCCACCGUCCAGCAGUCGAUGGGCGGCGGAGGAGGAGGUGGCGGGGGCGGCGGCGGCGGCGGCGGUAACCUUGGAGGCGGCGGAAACCCGGCCGCCGCCGGCGGAGUCCUGCAGUCGUCGCUCGGGCGUCUCUCGUCGUCCGGCAGCUCGUCCACGAUCAGCCCGAUGGCGAACCUCACCACCAGCGAUUUGUACUUUUCGGCCGGCGCAGGCUCGUCGCCGGGUGGCUGCGGGGAGAACCCGCACGCCGCCCUCGCCCUCGGAGCGGCGGCUGCGGCGGCGGCUGCAGCGGCGGCGGCCGCAUCCGGCAAGCUCGGCGACGGCGGUAGCUCGGGCAACGGCGGCGGCGGCGGCGGCGGUGGCGGCUCGUCAUCGUCGCCGUCGUCGUCGUCGGCCUCGUCGUCGCUGAGCGCGGCGGCCGCGGCCGCCCAGCUCGGGUCCGUGUACGGCCGCCACCCGUACGACUGGCACCCGUUCAACGCGGUCGGCAAGCCGGACGCGAACGGGGGCCUGGUGGGGGCCGGGGCUGGCCCGGGUGCCGGGCCGACCGGCUGGUGGGACAUGCACGGGCCGGCGGGCAGCUGGCUCGACAUCGGCACGAGCGCCGCGGCCGGGAUGCACUACGCGGCCGCCGCCUCGGCCGCGGCCGCCUCGGCCGUCGGCGGCUCGUCGGCCGAGCACUACGCCUCCACGCUGACGCACGCGUCGCUCACCAACACCGCACACCUGCUCGGCUCCGGCCAGCAUCUGCUGCAGGACAGUUGCUACAAGAGCAUGCUGCAGCCGAGCGGCGCCCUCGGGGGCCAGUCGGCGGCCGGCGUCGGUGUCGGCGUCGGCGGCUUCGGACUGGGCCACGGCCACGGGCAUGGCCAUGGCCAUGGGCACGGACACGGGCAUGGCCACGGCCAUGGCCAUGGCCACGGGCACCACGGAGGCGGCGUGUCGCCGGCACCGCCGCCGAGCGCACCGCAGGCACCCUCGCCGCGCAGCCAGCGGCGCUACUCCGGGCGGGCGACCUGCGACUGCCCGAACUGCCAGGAGGCGGAGCGGCUCGGGCCGGCCGGCGUCCACCUGCGCAAGAAGAACAUCCACAGCUGCCACAUCCCCGGCUGCGGGAAGGUGUACGGCAAGACGAGCCACCUGAAGGCGCACCUCCGCUGGCACACCGGCGAGCGGCCGUUCGUCUGCAACUGGCUGUUCUGCGGCAAGCGCUUCACGCGCUCGGACGAGCUGCAGCGGCAUCUGCGCACGCACACAGCCAAACACGUCAAAACCCACAACGGCGGCGGCGGCGGCGCUAGCGGCGGCGGCGGUGGCGGCGGUGCCAGUGGUGCCGGUAGCGGGGCAGGUAGUGGUGGCGGUGCCAGCGGCGCUGGAGGUGGUGCUGGUAGCGGCGGUGGUGGCAGUGGUGGAGCCACCGGCGGCACCGGUGGUAGUAAUGCCGGGGGCGACGGUAGUGGCGGCGGGUCUGCUGGAACCGGAACCGGAUCGGGCAGUAGUGGAGGCGGCACCGGAGGCACGGCCGGUAGCGGUGGUAGCGGCGGCGGCGGGACCGGCUCUGGGUCCGGGGCGUCGUCGGCCGCCGGCAAGAAGGCGGCCCAGACGGGCUCGGCGGGCUCGGCGGCCUCCAUGGACGCCCAGUGCAGCGACUCGGAGGAGAGCGAAGCGGUCGGUGGUGGGCCGGGGACCGGUGCGAUCGACCACCACCUGCACGGGGGUCCCCUCGGCGCCCUCGGGGCCCUCGGUAUGGGCGGCGGUAUGAGCAUGGGCGGCUGUCACUCGAUGGGCUCCCCGGGAUCCUUGGCGCAGCAUCAGCAGCAACAUCAGCAGCAGCAGCAACAGCACCAACAGCAGAGCCAUCACCCGCACCCGCAUCCACAUCAUCCGCAUCAUCCCCAUCAUCCCCAUCAUCACCAUCAACAGCAGCAGCAGCAGCAUCUGCACCAUCAUCAACAGCAUCACUCGGCGCAUACUCCGAGCCCCGGGCUGGAACACGUCGGCCAGCAGCAGCAGCAGCAGCAGCAGCUGGACGUCAAGCCCGGCAUCGUCUGAGGGCUGGUGGGGGCGCUGGAACACCCACCGUUCCUCGGCACCUGCGGCUACUACGCACCUUAGCCUUGCAGCACAGGACAGCCCUCUCAUAGCUCCGAAUAGCUCAACGCCCGCCCGCCUCGGCGCUGUACAUAGAGCGGGGUGCUGAGCUAGGCUGGAGACAGGAACCGGGCCACCCAGAGGGCCAGGGGCGAGGAGUUCUGGUCAAGAGGGAGGCGACUCCUCCUUGAUUGGGUCUUGGGUCUUGCCGCGUGGUAAGUCCCGGCGGUACGGCGGUUUGGUCGUUUUGAAUCUUAUCUUAGCAGAAUCUGUCGAUUGCCGCCGGUCGCUGUAUGGCACGCCGUAGCGCCGUUGAAACCAAAUGUCGUCCAAGUUUUCAGCUUCGUAAUUUCGCCGAAGCCGUAAAACCAAUCAGCAAAUGUCACGAAACGUUUACAGUGUCCAGAUAGGAACUUGAUGUCUGGUCCAAACACUUGAUGGACCACCAUUGGACCCAUUUUAUGUGUGUCACAGUUGACCAGAGCUUCUCGGUUGGUCGAGGUUGGCAGAGCCGAGCCGAGGGGGGAGAAACCAGGGUUUGGCGUAACGCAAAACUAUAUAACUAAAUAAGUGUAAACAUGAUAAAGAAAGGAAAAUGCAACAUGCAAACUUGGACAGUCGGAAAUCGCACAGGCAAACAUAAAAAAAUUACUAUUCUUACGCUGUAGCAACCUAGUGGAUUAAUGUACUACAAAACAACUACAAAGAAACGAACACACGAGCACAGGAUACAGGCCGCAGCAAAGGGUGUAAGGGUGCGACCCAGAGACAGGUAGCACAGGACCAGAAAACAAAAUGGCCCCCCCGCUGUCAUCCCGGAGGUCAGCGAAUCGAAUAAAGCUCGAGCUCGAGCGAUAAAGAGAUCAACCUGUAAGCGCCUGUAAGCGUUCGCCGCAGAGAGUUCGCCAACACGGAUCCGGAAAGAAAGUGGCGCAAACGAGAAUGGCAGAAUGGUUAGAUGCCUACCUCCCCCUACCACGCACCCCCCCACACCCCACCACUCACCCAUCCACCGAGGAUGCGAUAGGAUGCGCGGGCUUUCGUUCGUUCGAUUUGUUCUUUCUUUCCA